CUUCCCGAUAUAUAUCAGCGCGCCGCGCUCUACCUGGGUGCCUGCUCCGGUCCAUUACCUGCGCAGAGAGUGCCGACCAUGGCUCCCUGGCCUGAGUUGGAAAAUGCCCAGUCUAACUCGGAUAAAUACAUCGAAGGGGCCGCCGAUCAGCAGUCCACCACACCCGCAAAAGGCAAGGAGACCGGCAAAAAUGACACCGACACUCCUGUCACCAAGAUUGAACUUCUGCCCUCUUAUUCCACCAUGGCACUGAUAGAGGAGCCCACAGCGGUGGAAGACCCCUGGAACCUGCCCGAGCUUCAGGACAUGGGCAUCAAGUGGUCAGAGAGAGACACCAAAGGGAAGAUUCUCUGUGUCUUCCAAGGGAUUGGGAAAUUUAUUUUACUUCUGGUAUUUCUCUACUUCUUCGUGUGCUCCUUGGAUGUCCUCAGCAGUGCCUUCCAGCUGGUUGGAGGAAAGGUGGCCGGGCAGUUCUUCAGCAAUAACUCCAUCAUGUCCAACCCUGUGGCGGGGCUGGUGAUCGGGGUGCUAGUGACUGUCCUGGUGCAGAGUUCCAGUACCUCCUCAUCCAUUGUCGUCAGCAUGGUGGCCUCCUCAUUGCUGAAUGUGCAGGCUGCCGUCCCCAUUAUCAUGGGGGCCAACAUUGGGACCUCCAUCACCAACACCAUUGUGGCGCUCAUGCAGGCAGGAGACCGCAGUGAGUUCAGAAGGGCCUUUGCAGGGGCCACGGUCCAUGACUUCUUCAACUGGCUCUCUGUGUUGGUGCUCCUGCCUCUGGAGGCUGCCACCCAUUACCUGGAGCGCCUGACCAACCUGGUAGUGGAGACCUUCAACUUCAAGAAUGGAGAGGACGCCCCGGAGCUUCUGAAAGUGAUCACAGAUCCCUUCACGAAGCUCAUUAUACAGCUGGAUAAAAAAGUUAUCAACCAAAUUGCAAUGAAUGAUGAAACAGCCAAAAACAAGAGUAUGAUCAAGAUUUGGUGUAAAACUUUUACCAACGUGACUGAGAGGAAUGUCACCGUCCCCUCUCCUGACAACUGCACCUCUCCUUCCCUCUGUUGGACGGAUGGUUUGCACACCUGGACCAUCAAGAACGUGACCCACCAGGAGAACAUUGCCAAGUGCCAGCACAUCUUCGUGAAUUUCAACCUCCCGGAUGUUGUUGUGGGCACCAUUCUGCUGGUAGUCUCCCUGCUGGUCCUCUGUAGCUGCCUGAUCCUAAUUGUCAAGCUCUUGGGCUCUGUGCUCAGGGGGCAGGUAGCUGUUGUCAUCAAGAAGACCAUCAACACUGAUUUCCCUUUCCCCUUUGCCUGGGUGACUGGGUACCUGGCCAUCCUUGUGGGGGCGGGGAUGACCUUCAUCGUUCAGAGCAGCUCUGUGUUCACGUCUGCUAUGACCCCUCUAAUCGGUAUCGGCGUGAUAUCCAUUGAGAGGGCGUAUCCACUCACGCUGGGCGCCAACAUCGGUACCACCACCACCGCCAUCUUGGCCGCCUUAGCUAGCCCAGGCAGUACUUUGAAGAGCUCGCUCCAGAUUGCCCUGUGCCACUUUUUCUUCAACAUCUCAGGCAUCUUGCUGUGGUACCCAAUCCCAUUCACCCGCCUGCCCAUCCGCCUGGCCAAGGGGCUGGGCAGCAUCUCAGCUGAGUACCGCUGGUUUGCCGUCUUCUACCUGGUCAUCUUCUUCUUCCUGAUCCCUCUGGCUGUGUUUGGCCUCUCGCUGGUCGGCUGGCCAGUGCUGGUGGGUGUGGGGGCGCCCGUCAUCUUUGUGGUCUUCCUGGUGGUGGUCCUCAGGCUCCUGCAGUCCCACUGCCCACGCGUCCUGCCCCACAAGCUCCAGAACUGGAACUUCCUGCCGCCGUGGAUGCACUCGCUGAAGCCCUGGGACAAACUCAUCAGCGCGUCCACCAGCUGCUGCCGGCGGCUCUGCUGCCGUACCUGCUGUCUGCUGUGUGGUUGCCCCAAGUGCUGCCGCUGCAGCAAGUGCUGUGAAGACCUGCAGGAGGAGCAGGGCGUCCCCGUUAAGUCCCCCGAGGCUUUUGCUAACAUGGCCGUGGACAAAGAGGCCCAGGACGGGGUCCCCAAGUCCAAGGUGGAUGCCUCGGGCACAAAAACCAUUUCCAGCAUCACAGCCUUGUAGGUAGGAGCUGCCUGGAGGCAGGAGGAGGGCCCUACCGCCCACAGGGCUCCUGCUCCCUCCUGGUUCUUCCUCCACCUCGGGGGGAUUUGAAAUGACAUCCCUCCCGACUCUCAUUCCCUGGCCCAGCGUAUCAGCCCGCACAGUAGUUUCAUCUCAGCCCCAUGCUGCCUGGGUCUUCCAGGCCCAGAAAGGCGCAGAACAACACUGAAAGAGAACUAGAUAGUGAAACCUGGCCAGAGAGGUGAUCACACCCGCUCCCACACACAGCGGGGUUGGUCAGUAGGACUUUUUUUCAGACCAUCCCCUUGCAAAGGAAAAGCCCCAAGGGAGGAAUUUAUGGCAGGUUCAUUGUCAAAGGUGCAUAUACACAUACACUUUUCUUUAUUAUGAUCCAGCUCAGACUUCUCUCUUUUACCAAAGACCAACUUCAACCAAGAGCAGCUGCCCCCAUGUGUCCCAGAGCAGCCCAAUUCAGGGCAAAUGGUGUCAUUGUUGGGGACUUGGGCGAAGACCAUAGAUGUGGGCCUUUCCCCCUUCUCAGUGCUCCCCACGUCCCCUGUCAGGGUUUUCUCACCUGGGCAGGGAGGGUUAGUCCCAGUAGUUUACCUGUUGUGCCCUCAAGUUUCCAGGAUGGGAACCGCAUCUGAGCUACAGAGAGGGUUUCAGAGAGCUUUGGCUCACCCGGCGCUCCAGUCUUCAUAAGAAGAGAGUGGUCCUAUCCCUGAGCUGACAGAUGGAGGAAGAGAGCUGGGAAACGGGGAACAUUUGGGGGAGAUGUUUCAGCGGCCACAAAGGCCUCGGGUGCUUCUUAACCUGGCUCAUUUAGAAGCCAAAUUGGCAGACAUUCCGGCUAAAGCUUAGUGCUGAUAAAAAUCAUCCCUGCUGAGUCUUUUGGAAUAAGAUAUGCAGUUUCUGAGUCCCCUCCACUGUGCCACCUUGAAUCAUAAGAAGCACCUGAGCAUGGGCCAGCUCCGUGCCUCUGUCUGUCCUGUGCAAGAUGACUAUCUGGGUCAGCUUUCGGUGGUCAACUUCUGUCCAUACAUCCACCCACCCGUCCAUCCAUCUAAGCCAGAACCUCUUUCCCAGCAUUCUCCCAUACUCCCAUAGAUAGAAGAACUUUGAUUUUCUGCCCGCUCUCCAUGCCUGCAAAGCUCAAAACUGAGGGCAGAAACCAGGGCAUGUCAUCAAGUGGCAGUGGGGUCCAUGUGUGUCUGUGGGACUGAGAAGUGUGCUCUUUCUUGUCCCAGAUGCCUUCUCUGUGCCUUCAAGAGCCCCCUGUGGUAUGUACACCUCCUCUUUCCCUUGCUUCUCAUCCUCAACAACCCCAGGUCUCCCCAGAGAGUGAGUGAGCUUCAACCGAGUCUGGGAAAAGGGGUCAGUGCAGACGUGCCUCCAGACCCUGCCCUCCCCCAUCCUAGCUUCUCCAUCACUUUCAUAGGUUUUAGUACCAAAAUGAGCCUUCCCCUGACCUUCCCUGUGUAGAUACAGAUUCCCAAACAGAGCCACUGAUACUCUAUAUAUUUAUACUCAUGCAAUGUACAGCAUUUUUCAUAAGUUAUAUAGUAAAUAGUUCUGUGAUUUGUGUCAUGAAGUGCUCUCAUGUGGAAACAAGGCUGGCUUCUACUAAGAAAGACCACGUUUGUAUAUUUUGUAAUCCUGCCUUUUAAACUGCUUCUGCAGCCACACCCGUGUCACACACCCUGUAAAUAUGUAAGUUAAACCUGGGCAGGGCUGUGGCCUUCUUUGUACUCUGAUGAUUUUAAAAAAUUGGAUCCUUGUACCUGCGUUGAUUUUUUUU